AUGUCGUGGAUAGCCGUAGUCGCGGCUGCAACAGCCUUAUGCUGUGCCUUUGGGCAGCUAGCAUUCCUGACCCCUGCCGCUCCGGCCGCGCCGGCCCUCAGAGGUCGCGCGCCGAGCCUCCGGAACGAAAGCCGCGAGCGGGGAGCUGGUGAAGGCUUCGGGGUGCUCCUCGGAGGCGCCGCCCUGGCGCUGGGAGUGGCAUUCCGACGGAAGCAGGACAGGAGCCUCUCCUCCGUCUGUGCUGUGACCGAGGUGGCGCAGGUAAAGCUGUCAAAGAUCGUUGGCGGAAAGGUGACGGGUGCCAACUUUCUACCCGUUUCAUGGCCGGAGCCGGCAGAGCCGGCAGAGCGGGCAGAGGGAUCCACGGGCUCCAUGCCAUGUGUGGCCGGCUUCGGCUCUGGCUGGGAUGGUGCUCUACGGUUCCUCGCGGGGCUGCGCCUCAGCCGCUUGGCCUCGUGCACAUGCAGCGCAUACACGAAGUCGAUCGGUGCCUGCCAGCAAAGUUGGCAACAUGCUGUGCUCCUGCUGCACUCUGCGGUGGCGUGCUUGCAGCAUAACAUCGUGACGUUCACCUCGUCCAUCCAAGCGUGCAAGGCCUGCAGCAAGUGGGAAGUCUCUGUUGAGCUCUUCGCUCAAAUAAGUCAGCAGAGCCUGAAGGCCGACACCAUCGCACUCAGCGCGGCAACCAGCGCCCUCCUAAAAGUGCACUCCAAGUCCAAACGCGCCGCAAAUCUCGAAAGCGGGCAAUGGCAGGCCGUGGUGAGAAGCAUCACUCGCUUGGAAGCUGUUGGGCUUCGAGCAGAUGCGCAGAGCUGCAGCUUGGGAAUCAGCGCCUGUGCUGAGGCGGCGAGGUGGAGAGGGGCCUUCGUCCUGCUGCAGAUUCUUCGAGAAGCCUUGCAAGCCGAUUCGGUGGCCUGUAACGCUGCAAUCUGCUCCUGUCAGAAUGCUGCAAACUGGAAGCAAGCCUUGUCGGUGUUGCGGGACAUGGCAAUGUUUGGACCCCGACCAGCAUCGGUGUCUUUAUGCAGUGCCGUGAGCGCGUUUAUGACUGCUUCGGUGAGGCAGUGGGAGAGGGCCUUAGUGUUGGAGAUGCUUUUCAGAUGUGGUGGCCUGGAUCCCACGGAGGCCACGUCGAAUGCUGUCGCCAGUGCUUUGAAGUGGCAGUGCGCCUUUCAGAAGUUGGCCAUGCAGAGUCGCAGCUGCCGCGAUACCAUAACGACCAUAACAGUCAAUGUGACCAGUGGUGCUUGCGCCAAAGCUGACAAGUGGCAAGAGGCAUUACAUGUGUCACAGUCAAUGUCAGCAAUUCGCAUGAAGCUUGAUGUCACAACACUCGUGACCUGCCAAACUGUGCUGCUACAGACUCGUCUCUGGCAGCAAGCACUCUCAUCAUUCCGUGAGUUUGACAACUACAGCUUGCGCCGAAAUGAAGUCAGCUACAAGCUGGCAAUCCGCGCGUGUGAGCUCGGGGGUUGGCAGGCCAGCAUCGCGCAUCAAGGGCUUCAAGGGCUUCAAGGGCCGAAGUUCACAAGUUUCGCUGCCAUGGGUCGUGAAGGGCAUACCUGGCAGGCUGUCCUUUCAUUCCUGCAUGCCUCGAGUAUCAGAUCCUUCGGGGCCGCCAUCAGCACAGGUGCCAAGCACUCCCAGUGGAGGCUCGCAUUCGAGCUCGUCCGGGAAGCGGCGGUGUUCGCACUCGUCCCGAAUGCUAUCAUUGUUAACUCGGCCAUCGGUGCUUGCGAGGGGACUGUCCAGUGGAGGGCCGCGCUUGCCCUGUUCACCAACAUGGAUGUCUGCAGGUUGAGGCAGGAUGAGGCCACAUACGUUGCAAUCAAUGCCUGUGAGUACAUUGGCCAGUGGAAGCAAGCCCUUCUCAUUCUUAACCAGUUCAACAUGUCUACGACUGACGCAACGAUCACUGCGCACAACACUGCGAUCAGCUCUUUGAUUGCUUCUGAGGGCAAUGGUUGGUGCCGGGCAGUGUCACUGAUGUGGGUGACUGGAUACAAGGGUCUCAAGGUCAAUGCAGUGACCUUCAACGCCUGCGCUGCUGUUUGUCAACGGACCGCUCGCUGGCGAGUGGCUUUCUUCCUCUUGGAGUCGCAGAUGCAAAGGUCUUUGCUUGCAUCGCUUCUUGCCAUCAGCGCCUCGAUGAGUGCCUGCGAGCAGGCAAGAGAAUGGCAGCGCGCUUGGUGCAUGCUGCAUCAGCUCGAUUCCGGAGACAUGUGGCCAUUGAGUCCAGAUGUCAUAGCUUUCAACGUUGCCAUUAGCACAUGCGAGAAGGCUUCGGAAUGGGAGCAGGCCCUAAAACUGCUUGGCUUGCUCGCCUCCAGAUCCAUUGAAGCGACCGUGAGCACAUACAAUGCGGCCAUCAGCGCAUGCGGGAAGGCGGAGAAGUCGCAGUCAGCUCUAGAGCUGUUGCACGAGCUGCAAGCCAGAGUGAUGCUACCCGACGCCAUCACCUACAAUGCGGCUGCGAGUGCCUUGGGGAGGGCCAGCCGCUGGCACCGCGCCCUCCUGCUAUUUGCAGCCACUACCUCGCCAACGGCAGUCUCCUACGGAGCGGCGAUUUCUGCCUGCGCCACUGCUUCGAAGUGGGAGCCAGUCCUCCUCCUCCUUAAAGAGUCGGCCAUGAGAUCACUCGCAACAACUACUGCUUUCAGUGCGGCGCUGUGUGCGUGCAUCCGGGCGAAGCAGUGGCAGUGGGCCUUGCGGCUCGCCGGAGAUGUUGGAGGUUUGAGAGUUGCCUCGGACAUCAUCACAUGCAUUUCCACCAUAAACGCCUGCGAGGCAGGCCAUCGUCAGCAAGCGGCUGUGUCAUUUCUUUGCAAGUUGUCGUCAAUGGCAUAUGACCCGUUGCGACUCUGGGCCCUUCCAGAUGGUGGUGAGGCCACGCCAGCUCCACCUGUGGGCCCUGCCAUUGGGGCCUUCGGCCUGAACAUCGCCUUUUUUGUGAAGGAGUACAAUGCUCUGACUGCAGACAAGGUCGGCCAAACCUGCCCUUGCAUCGUCCAUGUCAUGAGUGACAAGAGCUUCAAAAUCGAGUUGAAGACCCCGCUGACAGCCGCGCUCCUUCACAAGGCCGUGGGCAAAGAGAAAGGCUCGGGAAAAGCAGGCACCGACAUCAUCGGCAGCAUCACCGUGGAAAAGCUGGAGGAGAUUGCAAAAACCAAGCUGCCGGACUUGAACUGCGAGGACAUCACCCGAGCCAUGAAGAUUGUGCACGGAACGGCUGUGGCCUCCGGCAUUAAGGUAGAAGGCUACGAGGAGUGGUUGGAGACAGCAGUGCCAAAGCCAAAGACAAUCAUGGACAGAUAUGGUCCAGGAGUCACCAAGCUGCCCGCGCCCUGGGGCGAGGGGCCGCCUCUAGAAGCUGCUGGAGAUGAGGUGUCAGCAGAGGCCCAAGGGCUUCGAGAUUUCGGGAUGAAGCGAGAGACCGCCAAGUUACAAUGGCUCAAAAACUUAGGCGGCCCGGGCGGGGACUCCAUGUGGUGCCUUCUGCACCUGACGUUCCUUCUCACUGCCCGGCAUGUUGGAGCGACGACGUGCCUACCUGAUGGGACCCCAGAGGCUGAUAGAAAGAAUGUGGUCGUGGACGGUGAGUCUAUGCCUCUUGGCAUCUGGGUGUCGGCCUUCGACUCCUCCUUAAUAGUCAGCAAAAUCUACGAAAUCAUUGCCCAGGAGCGUCUGGGCUACAAUACUUUCACGGACUUCGGAAGCGCCAGCAAGAUUCAGGUCUUUAAGCUUGCCGGGUGUGAUCACGACCCGGUCGAAAUGAUUAGCCUGGGGAACUGUGGUCCUCCUCGUCGCUUUCACAUCUCUUUGGAAUUCUGGUACGCGAGCUCGGUAUGGUGGGACACCUGGGCCGCAGAGAUGGGCGACUACACCCCCGUGAACCUUGGUAGUAUUGGUUAUCCAGGAAAGGAAGGGAUGUUCAUCCUGGAUGGCGCUGUGCAGAAGGCUUUGAAUGAUCGAGGUUUGGCGCUUGAGUAUUUCCGGUCCUACAACGCCUCGUGGUAUGAUCCUGGUCGGUAUGCCUCAGUGGUCGCAGAUGUCGACCUGAACCUGGUGCAGACAUGCGCUGACAGCGUCGAGGGCUACUUUCCGAACAUUGGUGGCGUGUAUCUCAGCGCCACCGGGGACGCUGAUGGAGUGGAAGAGGUGGCCGGGAAGACGGUGUUGAAGUGCUGGCAGCAGAAGUGGUGGCCAGCACCGGCGUGCCGACACAACGUGUCGGGCUGCGUCACCGUGGUCUCUGGGGGCCCCGGUUGGGGAUGGCCUGAGAUGAUCCAGCAGGCAUACUUCCACAACAUGCCUUUGGCUUUCGCCACGGCGCAAAAGGAGCCUGUGGACUACUACAUCCCCUUGAACCGGCAAUUGCAAAGCUUGUUGUACUGGUGGACACCUGACACGAAGUUUACCUUGGACAAUCCCUCGCAGGUGAUCUUCCCACCCAACAGCCCCUCAGAGUAUGCAAACCAGAUCUUCAAGACCCAGCGGGAGAACGUCGACCUGACCAAUUGGGCAGCAUCGGGCUUUGAGGCCAUCGCAGAUCGAGCGGUUGCGGUUGCACGUAACCUUUUCAUUGCCGAUGACGAGCUUUCUCAAAUCCUGGUGCAGCACCUGUCGGCAGCAACGCCCGACGUCUGGCAGACGGCUUGCAAUUGGCUGAGAGCGAAUCCUGCCGUGUGGAUGGCCUGGCUUCCAAAUGAAACGGCGUGCACUGCCGGGAAGGGAUUGGUCAACUCCUUGGGUGAACUUGUGCUGGACCGAGCGCAGGCAGUGAGCUGUCAGGUCUGUCCGGUGGGACGAAGUUCAGUGGAGCAGGGCUCCACAAGGGUGUGCCUCCCGUGUGCAGAAGGCACCUUCCAGAAUCUGCCUGGUGAGUCCACCUGCAUUCCCUGCGAACUUGGGAGGUUUGCGGACCAGACCGGCGCUGCAGAAUGCAGGUUGUGUGACCUCGGUGGAUAUGCCAACAACACAGGCAUGACCUUCUGCUACCAGUGUGGGGCAAACACAACCCAGAUGGAUGCGUGGACGACGAGCAAGGCUGUUCUCAACCAGGGCAAGACAACAUGGAUUCCUGUGCAAGGGGCAGUCUCCGAGAGUUUCUGCGGUUGCGUGGAGGGUACGUACUUGCACAAGGGCAUCUGCCAAGACUGCAUCGAGGGAUCAAUCUGCAGUGGUUCGAGCAAGCUCGAGCUACUUCCAGGCUACUUCUCCACUGCACAGGAGCCCGGGCAGGUCUUCCGCUGCUUUGGGAAUCCCGAGCGUUGCCCGGGUGGAGUUCCCGGCACCUGCGCCUCCGGCCGCGACACCGCCAGCGUGGCUUGCAGCAGCUGUUUGCCGGGUCUCCAUGCCAAGGAUGGCAUCUGCGUGGAGUGCGAAGGGGGCGACUACGCCUUGCUGGUGAGCGUCACCAUUCUCGUCAUCUGUGCAAUUGCCGUGCUCUACGUCGUGCUUAUGAAUGAGGGUCAGAAGAGCAGGCAGCCAGGUAGUCUCUUGAUUGCUGCCCUGGGGAUGGGUCAAAUGGUCACGGUCGUCCAGCAGCUCACGGUGAUCCAGCAAUUCAAGAUCGAGUGGGGCGAGCCUUUCUCCAGCGUCUUGGUGGCUUUGGAGGUCAUGGCCUUCGACAUGGACAUGAUCUCCAUCAGCUGCGUGGCGCCCAUGAGCCCCGUGGUGAAGUUCGCCACCAGGACGUUGCUGGUGCUGGUCUUCUUCGCCGUCGCAGCAGUGGUCCACGCCACCUUCUUAACGCUGCGCAAGACGAAAGGAUUGCAGAUGAACCUGCUGGCACGCACAGUGGGCACUCUCUUCAUGGUCUUCUUCAUCUCGCUCUGCUCCUCCCUCCUGGCACCCUUCCGAUGCAACAUUCAUCCGAACGGCUUGUCGACCGUGCAGACAUACCACGCUGUCUUCUGCAACGGCAGGGAUGAGCACCUGUCGAUGGCUCUGAUUGGGGGCUUCGCAUGUCUUCUACCCAUCGCCUUCCUCGCCCUUUGCAGUUGGAUUAUUUUGUGGGAGCUUCCAAAGCGCCUGGAGAACGCGGAUGUGCAAUUCGUCCGGGCGUGCUCGUUUCUCUUCAUUCGUUUCCGUCCAGGAGCAGAGGUCUUCUCCGUCGUCUUCCUGAUGCGCAACAGCCUUGUGGUGUUGUGCCCUCUGCUUCCAUCGACCUCUGGCAAGGUGCUGUGCCUCAACCUGCUCUUGUAUUCAAGCCUGGUGGUGACGGCUUUCAGCAAGCCCUGGAGGGCCAUGGCCUGCAACUACUUGGACAUCAUCCUCAUGACGGGCAUGCUGGUGAUCCUGGACAUGGGCUCCCUCUUUGUUGGGGAGGUGGAUGCCGAAAUCACAGUUGUGAUUUGCAUGCUCUUCUCCUCUUUGAUGGUGACCGCAAUCCUGGGCGCCAUCCUCUAUGGCAUCGUGAAGCAUUUCUUGCUGAAGUAUCGGAAGCCUUUCCGCUUCUUCCUCUGCCACCAAAAGGUCGCGGCCGGAAGCUACGCGCGGCUGCUCAAGAUGGAGCUGCAGAAGCGCGGCUCCCGCUUUACGACUUUCGUGGAUUGUGAUGAUCUCAACGACCUCACGCGGCUCUUCAGCUAUGUUGGCCAGGACACGGAGACCUUUGUCAUCCUCGGAAGCCAGGACAUCCUGACCCGGAAGUGGUGUGUUGGGGAGAUGGUCACUGCGAGAGUGCAAAAAGUGCACACGGUACUGCUCAUGUGGCCUGCCUUCGCCAAGCCCGACAAGAUGUUCAUUGAUAAUUACACCAGCAUUGUCCCGGACAUCACUGAGCUGGCAAAUUACAACAUCGGCAUCCAGGAGGUGGAAGAGACGUUGCGUUGGAUCAAUACAGUCGAAGCUUUGGAAGUGGCGUCUUUGCUAAGCAUGGACACCGUGGAUCACAUCGUCAGCAGCCUGACGAACACCAGCCGGACUCGGUCCGUAACCGACCAGAAGGAUCGCCCUGACUGCCUCAUCCUAGCAGAUUUGGACAACAUGGAGGCUGCCGCGACGGCAUACAUCCUCCUGGCGCUCAUUGUUCCCAAGCUUGUUGGGGCUUCCAGCAAUUCGAUGCCUCAGGUUCUGCAGCAAGGUCGCGAACUCCCAUCCACAGCGAAAACUGCCCUCGUGGUGUGUUCUGAGGGAUGCUUCAAGUCACGAGAAAUGGCACAGUGGUUAUUGCAAGUUAGCCAGGUCGACUCCUGUGCUAUACUUCCGAUCAUAGCGGAAGACGGCUUCCGGUUCCCAACCCAGUCCUUUUAUGACGACCUCUCCACAUACUCUCAGCUCGAGAGGGUCGACCUCCAAACCUAUAUCCGAGUCAUCAAGGCGGUUUUCCAGGAGAUCGCUGUGGUGUUCUCACCACAGAAUUACUCGUCGACGCAGGAGGAUUUGGAACUCCGGGCCAAGCAGGUAGCUUGGCGCCUGCAGAGUGGUGCGCUGAAGUCCGUGUCCUCCAAGCUCUCGGCCAAAGAAGGUGACGGAGAGCCAGAAGACUUGAAGGAGUCUGGUGAUGCCAAUCACACCGACAGCACGACGCUGGAAGAGAACCGCGAAGAUCCUGAUCUCCACGUGCAUGAAGAAGUGUUCUGA